AUGUCAGCAUCGGAUGAGGAGAGCGCUGUAACCAUCAGUUCAGAACUUGGCGAUGAACCUGCUGUUGAUUACAAAAUACACAAAUUAAAUGGCAAAAGCGUAGACGAAAUUGGAUAUUUAACGAAUAAAAUGGAGAUUGUGGACGAGGAAGGACUCUCCGAUAUGAUGAACAACGUUACGUUGAUAUCUGCUGAUGAAACGGUCCUAGCAAUUUUUAUUACUCUGGAUGUAACGGAAGCAAGGCAGGCAUUACAUAGCUCGAUAGUUAAAGCAAUGGACAAGCUCGGGCUGGUGCCUGGUAACACGAGCGUAAUUAUCUCGGAACGUGUUAUGAAUCUUCCUGUAAACGAGAUUUAUCGUGCUUAUGGCCAAGUGCUCGCCGAGCACUCUGAUUAUGUUUUCAUUUCAAGGUUUAGAAAUGUUAGCGGAAAGGACCUCAACGAUUUGAUCGUAGAUUUUCCUGAGAUGAAGCCCAAGGAGUUGAAAAAGCUUCCCUGCAAUACGGAAGAGCUGUUUUUGAUAGACCUGUGUGAAAAAUGCGAGGUUGUAGAUGCUAAGGGUGCACAUUACCGGGUGAUGCACGUCAAGGAGAGCGGAAUCAGGAACUUUCUUACGAAGUUGAGCAAUGAAAUCGAGUAAAACGUAUUUAUUGGUAA